AUGCCUAGCCAGGGCUACGAGAGGGUAGCCGCCCAAGACGAAGAAGACUCUCCCCAGACGCUGCAACCCGGCCAGCAGUGGCCCCCGGCCUCGCCACCACCCUCCUUCCACUCGCGCGCAUCAUCACCAAACGGCACAUCACGGCAUCUCCUAUCCGAGGAUCCGAUAACGAACGAAGAAGACCGCACACUCGCCGAUACCUUCGACUCGGAUUCGGAUGACGACGACGAUAACGAUGGGCGCGACGAUCGGCAGCGGCUGAUGCGGGGAAAUCCGAGGACAGAAGAGGAAGCGGCGCCACCGGGCAUCCAAAGGAGAGUGACGGAACUGCCAGUAUUCAACACACAAGCGCCCACUCCAGGACGGGUGUACGGUGGAGGAAACGGUGGUGUCUGGGCAAAUCUCAGCGCAAAGCCUACCAGAGGGGAGGAUGCCGAGGAGAAGCCUCCAACAUAUGAACAAGCUGCCGCAGACGCGACACCACCCUACUGGGAAACCACCAUCCUCGCUCCCGGCACUUUUGGCGAUGAAGUCUUUGUCGAAGGCCUCCCCGUCGGCUCCCUCUUCAGCUUCCUCUGGAACGCCAUGAUCUCCAUGUCCUUCCAACUCGUCGGAUUCCUUCUCACCUACCUCCUCCACACGACCCACGCCGCAAAGAACGGAUCCCGCGCUGGUCUCGGUAUCACGCUCGUGCAGUUCGGUUUCGGAUUCCGCUCCGCCGUACUCUCUCCGAACAACGGUAGCAACGAUAACCCCGGACAGGGAUUCGACGGUGGCGUUCCAAACGACCCGAAUGCGCACGACUUUGACCCGGACAAGGUCGGCAGUGGAAACACAGGGGGCAGUGAUAUGACACCCGCAGCGAGUGCCAUUACAGGCAGUGACUGGAUAGCGUACGGUCUGAUGAUUGUUGGCUGGUUCAUCUUGAUCAAAAGUGUAUCGGACUUCAUCCGUGCGAGGCGGCACGAGCAACUCGUUCUCCAGUCUCCCGACCGGGGGCUGGGUGUGGCGGUUGUCGCCGAGGGUGAAAGCCCGGAGCGCAGUGUAUAA